AUGUUUAGCGACAUCUACAAGAACGAAAUCGCCGUCGUUCUUUAUCAUUUGGGUGUCAGAGAAAGUUUAAAAUCAACCGUUAACAUCGUAUUAGUUUGUGCCGAUGAUGUUGAUCUUGUUCGCAGCUUGCCAACAUUUGAAGAACCAAAUCUUCUAGUUCCUUAUGUUGAAGACGAAGAAGGAAGCACCCGUUUUGUGGACGCCGAUCGGAUGCACUUGCUAAAUGGGGAAGUAGUGAGCGUCAGAUCGAAAAUAAUGGCAAGCCUCUCGUCGUUGUCGUCUCGUUUGAAGGAAUGUUUUAUGAAUGCCCAAAAAGAAACAAGGUUGCACCUGACAUAUCAAUUUGUCAAGGAACUUCGCUCAGAUCGUGAAACUUUGAAGGAUGACGAACUUCGAGAGAAACUACGGAAAAUGCGACGACGUCUUGAUGAUCCACGACUUCUAUCUCCUGAUAGCCUUCUUAACAUGUUUUUGUCGUACAUGCAUGUUGAGGCAUAUUUGGAAAUGAUAAGCCUAGUUGAAGCCAUUCAAGGACUUCAAAACUACCAACACCUCCUGGAACCGCCAAUUAUCCGUUACUAUUACGCAUUCGCUCUUAACCGUCGAAAUGGUAAAGGCGAUCGUGAAAAGGCCUUGAGUAUCAUUAAAGACAUAAUUUCUACUUGCAAGCAACCGUCGCCUGACUUCUACGGCCUCGAGGGUCGAAUUCACAAGGACAGAUUUGUGGAAUCCAACUACACCGACAGGGAAUCCCUCGAAAAGGCCAUCGAAAGCUACCGCAUAGGCUUCCAGGAAUCUUCAAGUGACUACCUCGGCAUCAACCUGGCUACCCUUCUUGUCAUUGGCGGUGCCGACCGUAGUAAUAAGGAACUGGCUACUGUUUGCAACAUGCUGUACAUUAACGCGGGACGCAAAGGCAACCUACAGGAUCUGCAGGACUACUGGGAUGUGGCGACGCACCUAAACUCGACGCUAAGAAACAUCCGUCUUAUUUUGCGUGCCCAAAAAAUCAAGGCGGACACAACGCUAAAGGACAUGGAGCUUUUCAACUUUUGGCUGGAAUUCUUCCAGGAAUGCAUCGAAAGUCCAGCAAAAAAGGACACCACAGAUGGGGCCAAGGAGAAGAAGGCGGAUGGAGAUCAGUCGAAAGACGUCAACACCUCGGAGACCCCGUCAUCGCCACAACCACGCAUUCUCUUCCCUGUGCUUCUGGUGGACAUGAGCGGGGAGGAGCCUAUUCCGGCUCACCUCCACCUGCACGCACACUCGGACAAGCCGAAUAUGCGCGUGUGUUACCUCGAUGGAAGUAGGCAGCCGCCUCUCAAGACCUCAACGCACCGGGCCGCGACUCCCGUUGUCUUCACCUUCGCCGAUGAGAACCCCUCUGAGAACGCUGAGACGCCGCAGAUACCGAACCUCCUACUCAACCAGACCUAUGACCUCGUCUUCUACGAGGACGACAUCAAGGGAUUCAGUCUUAAUCCAAAGGACAAGCGGAACCUCUACUUCUUCACCGUACAGGCCGAGGACUAUUCAAUUUACUUCCCAUGUGAAUAUUCGCGAACGGAGUUCUUGGCAUCAAUCCGGGCAGCCCUCUCCGCGUAUGACAGUUACUUGGUUGAUGAGCACGAAGACGAUAAGCCCAUUCAGUUUGUCUACGAGACCGACGAAAACGGCCACCCAAUCGUGCUAGGCUCAGGAAGCUUCGGAACAGUCUACGCCGGUCGCGAACUGAGUAGAGAAGUCAAGAUUGCCAUAAAGGAGAUUAAAAACAUUCCCCAGAAGGACCUGCAGCCGUUAAUCGAGGAGAUAAACCUUCAGUCUAGACUAAAUCACACAAAUAUCGUUUGCUACCUCGGGUCGGUCUAUGAGGAUGGCGUGCUGAAGAUUCUCAUGGAGCAUGUUCCUGGAGGUUCGCUGAGUUUUCUGCUGAAAAAAAUCGGUGGAUUGAGGGACGAAACGGUUUCGCAUUACUCCAGUCAAAUCCUAGAGGGUUUGCGGUACUUGCACGCCAGCAAGAUUGUGCAUCGCGAUAUUAAGGGAGACAAUAUCCUAGUGAACAUGUACAGGGGCGAGCUAAAGAUAGCCGACUUUGGGGCCUCCAAACGACUGGGCGGUCUUAUCAGGAAGGCUGGAACCGUUACAGGCACUAUGCGUUUCAUGGCGCCGGAGCUAAUUAACGCCUCAAAGGACGGCUACGGUUACCCAGCGGACAUCUGGAGUUUCGGCUGCACAGUUGUGGAAAUGGUGACGGGCAAACUGCCCUACCACGACCUCGAUGCCUUUGCGGCUUUCUACAGAGCUGGAUACUACAGCGCCCAUCCGGACAUUCCCGAAGACCUACCGGAGCCGUGCAAGGCUUUCAUUAAGCGCUGUUUCGAAAUUGACCCCGAAAAACGUGCCAGCGCCGAUGAACUUCUCACUGAUCCUUUCAUCAACAUACUACAUUCAGAGAGUCAAGGUGAAAAGCGAAAAAUCCCGCCAUUCAGUGCUCUACCCGAUAGAAUUCACUCCAUCAAGACGCCGGAUAUCUCAAUACCACAUGCUCGUGCCUUUUCCACCGCCACUAGCCAGACAGCUCCGAUUCUCCAAGGCUCACAGCAGGAGUUGUCGCCGCUGAAGACGUUGGAUUUGCCUAUUUACAACAUUUCCACACCACCACGCCGCCGACCCGAACAGCGGCAUAUGCGGGAACGCGCCUCCUACGGCGGCACCUCGACGGCGGUGCUCUUCAACCCCGACGAAGCCUUCCGCAGUCCCGAGUUCGAUUUCGGCCUCUCGGGCACCUCCAAAAUCUCGGCUCAUUCCUACACCACCGCGUCGCCCGUCAGCGGUAGCAUCCAGUCUCCGGACAACUUCAACAUCAUCAAGAGUAUGGACGAGGCAAAGAAACAGCUGUCGUCAGCGCUAAUGCAGUCGAAACAGGCCGUACUGACGUGGUGGGAGAAGCAGACCACAAGCGUGGCACGCCUUCCUGCGACUCCCAUGUCCCAUUCUCGUGGUCCGUCGGACGACUACGACUGCACCUGCAUGUUCAACUUUCUAAUCGACGCCCUUAACGGCAGUGAUUCUCUGCAAUCGCUAAACCGCCUAUUCAAAUCUGCCAUUCGAAACGCGGAGACUCGAGUCCCGGCUGGUUCCUUGUCUAAUCGUCGUGCACCCAUGUUGGGCAACUUGGUGCAUCGCAUCUCCACGUCCUUCUCCUUCGACGAGGGCCAUCCUGCAUGUGAACUCGCUUUCGUUUCUGUGGUCAGCCGAAUCCUGCAACAACAGAAGCGCCAGAGGCACCAACAACAGCAGACUGCCGAGGAGGAGAAUGGAACUAGCGAAGACGUCGUCCAACAACUGGUGUGCUUCAUUGAGCGUGCCUGGUAUGCUCUGAGCCGGACCCUGCCCAAACCCCUGACAGACGGGGGACAGUGUCAGCAGAAGCCACAUCAAAUGCUCACUUGGAUCAAACUGAUCGGCGAUAUUGCCAACGAGGCUCUUGACCAACUUGCGUUACAAGAUCCCUCGACAAUCCUUCGACGAACGAAGACAAUCAGUGCGGGCCAGCGGCUUGACUUGAUGCCGCAAGUUAACACUAAACGCGCGCGAAGCCUCAAGCCCACACUGACUCCGUCCGCCUCCUUCUCGGGAAACACUGCCUCCUCCCCGUGGCUGCCGUCGAUCCGUCGGGUGCAGCUCAUUUCCCCGAGUCAGUCACCCAGCGCCAAACUCCCCACCCACCCACCGCCGCUGCCCUCUUCGCCCACCGACUCACAGUUGACCGGGGCCGACUCCGAAGAGAACUACGGCCGGGCCGACGUGAACGGCGUCCUAGACGAGCCCGCUUCGCCACGUCCGCGCACUCUGUUCGGGCGGAGGAUGCAGCUACGUCGAAACGCACACCCUCCACGCUACGUGAAACGCAACCCUACCACGACCACCGGUUCCACCUCCUCUGCUAGCGCUGUGUCUCCCAAGUUUGAAUGGAAGCACCAAGUCAAUUCUGAAGUCGCCGCGCUUAUGGAGUUAAAACGGAUGAGCUUGCAAAUUAUUGAGGAGAUAGGCGAAGCGACAAAGACUUACAAUCAGCUGCUUCGAAGUGAACUUGAAAGGAAGGAAGCGUAUAUCGCUUCGCUGGAGCGACUUGCCGCUAGUGCGGCACCCACUGGCAACCUUGACGGGGUGGCGCACACUUACACGGGCAUCUCCACCGGAUUUUCCUCGCUUUCCAAGUGGCUCGGUGAAUUGGGAAUCCCAAUGGAGGACAUCGAAAUAAUAACAGGUCACAAAUUCGACCAGAAUGACUUCCUGGAACUCAUUACGAAGGAAGAUCUCUGGAGGCUGGGCAUUACCCCCGAAUUGAGACGAAUAACUGAUCUUGCACUUUUCGAGAUUCGCAGUAAUAUGAACCAACCGAAAGGCGGUUCUAUUGAAUUCGCUCUGACGGCGGCUCUGUCCUGCGAAUUUGGGGCGCCCUGUGCCAGCUACGCAGAAAAUUCCUCUCAGACCAAACCAAUCGAAAGCCCUGUGAUUGAAUCUCCCACCGCCCAACCUCUACAGUGA